AUGAAUAUGAUAGAUCGAAAAAAAGUACAAAAGAUAUUGUCAAAUUGUUCUCAAUUAAUCAUCGAUUAUCCAGAAUCAGAUAUUUUUCUGCAUAUUGAAUUAUGUGAAAAUUAUAGUUUUGCAUUGAAAUUAGGAAAAGUAGUGGCAGCUUUAUUAAUCUUAUGCUAUAGCUAUUUAUUAAAUGUAUUCUAUGGUUCAAUUCUUGUGUCGAACAUUAUGAUGGGUUUAAUGUCAACUUUUAUUUUCUAUUUCACAAAUGAUCAAUGGACAAUGACAGUAUCUCAAUCAAUCUUAGUUUUAAUGAGUGUUGUCAUAAUUGCUGGUCACUGUUUAUUACCAAAGUUAGAUGAACAUUUGAAGAAGCAAUAG